AUGUGUGGGCUGCGUACCUGUUUUUUGUGCCUCGUCGUAGCAUCCUGCAUCCUUUUCGGAGUGUCCCACUCCAUCAACGAGUCCGUUUGUGUCCUGAGCAAUGCGCCUCAGCAAUGUGGAGCCUUCUGCCUGGCAGCAUUGCAUCCACUGUACGAUCAGUACUCCAAGUCCAGGCAACAGGAGUCAAGCCAGGAGGCAAUGGUGAAGAUCAUAGCGGCUCAGGCUGAGCAGAAGGAGCUGUUGAAUGUCCUUGCAGCAAACAUAACUUCCACCGCGAGCAGCCUUAAAUCCACCUUGCAGAGCAUGCCAUGUACACUGUUGCCUGUCCAUAGGAUUGGAUCCAGAUUUUAUAUCAUAGUAUAUAAAGAGAAAUCCAUGAUUGAUGCCGCGAAAACGUGUCGCGAAAAGGGCGGUCACUUAGCAGCCUUCCGAAACGAAGACGAGUUUGAAGCCGUGACAAGAUUCGUCAAUAAACAUACCUACUUCUGGCUGGGCUUUCAUCGAAAUAGUACGGGCGUAUUCGUGACGGCCACCGGAAAUGAACGACCGUUUAUAAAGUGGGAGUCAGGAGAACCCAAAAAAGGUGGAGACCAGAACUGUGUUGUUCUGUUCAAAUCACGCAUGCUUAAUUGGAAAUGCUGUACUGCCGUUUCCUUCAUUUGCGAGUUGGAGGCGGAUUAA